GCCGUUGGGGCGGGCGCUUCCGGCGCGCGGGGCGGCCCGUGGCGGUUGCGGCGGCAGCAUGGCGGCCGGCGUGGAGCUGGGCUUCGCGGCGCCGGUGGGGCCGGCGGGCGCCUGGCGGCUGCGCAGCGCCUACUUCCCCAGCAAGGUCGGGGGACGGCCGGCGUGGCUGGGCGAGGCCGGGCUGCCGGGCCCCGCCGUCCUGCGCUGUGGGCGCUGCCAGCAGCCCUGCGCCUUCCUGUUGCAGCUGUACGCGCCGCUGCCCGACCGCCCCGACGCCUUCCACCGCACGCUCUUCGUCUUCGCCUGCCGCGGCGCCGCCUGCUACCGCCAGCCGGGCCCGCGGGGGCCCCUCUGCGUGUUCCGGAACCAACUGCCGCGGCAGAACGACACCUACUCGGCCGAGCCGCCCCCCGAGGAGCCGCCGUCGGACCCUGCCGCCGCCGCCGCCCCUCCCUGCCGGCUCCGCGGCGGCGCCGCUCUCUGCCGCGUUUGCGGCUGCCUGGGGCCCCGCGCCUGCGGGCGCUGCCGCCGCGCUGCCUACUGCGGCCCCGAGCACCAGGCGCUGGACUGGCGGCGGGGGCACCGGCGGGCCUGCGGGCUGCUCGCUGCCGGAGAUAGCUCGGCAAAUGCAAUUCCAGAGCAUAACGACUUCCUUUUUCCAGAAUAUGAAAUUUUGAUAGAACCUGAGGAACCAGAAUUUCCUGCUGACAACAGUGUAGAUCCCAAUGAUGAGCAAGGAGCUGUAGAUACAUCAAAGGACCCAAAAGAACAAGAGGAACUCAGAGCUACGGGCAGUGCAGGUGAAGCAUUUCAGUCCUUAGAUGAGGAGACAUUGGAAGCAAUGGCAAAACAUGAGACUGAAGAAGACAAGAUCUUCCAAACGUUUAAAGAACGAGUAGCUGCUGAACCAGAGCAGAUCAUUAGAUACUGCAGAGGAGGAAAAGGCCCAAUCUGGGUAUCAGGUGAAAAUAUUCCUGAAGAAAAAGAUAUCCCAAGCUGUUCAUGUGGUGCCAAAAGGAUUUUUGAAUUCCAGAUUAUGCCACAGCUCCUGAACCACCUUCAGGUUGACAGCCUUGGAGAGAGCAUUGACUGGGGCACGCUGGUGGUGUACACUUGCGCUGACAAUUGCAGUGCGGGAAAUGAAUACCUGGAAGAGUUCAUAUGGAAACAAGACUUCUCUGCAGGCUCUGUUUAACUUCCAACAAUCAUCUAAAUAGAAUACUUGCCUUGUUUCAGUAUAUCUCUGCACUUGGUAAAUGAGUAAUUGAACUAAAGUCACUGGUAUCUGUGUAUCUUUUAACAAUGAUAGAACUUCUCAAAGUAGACCUUGGCAGCCUCUCUCUUGUGCUCCACAGGAGCUUUUACUUCAACCUGGUAAUAAAGCCAAAUGCCUUUGUUUAGUGAAUUUCAUUCACUUCAAAUAAAGAUUAAAUAUUUUUUGAUUCAA